AUGAAGGCAUCUCUAGUCAUGUUGAUAAAAAGGAUAUUACUGUACAUCCUUCUAAUAAUGCUGGCUCAGAGCAACUAUCAAGUUUACGGAUUUAAUGACACCAAUUGUCUAAUUGAAAUUCAAGUUAAAAGACACUCCCAGUAUAAAAUUAAUGUUGGGAACUAUUUGAUUAUACACUGUCCAGUUCAAUACUGCAAGAAAAAGCCAGUCAUGCAGUGGUGCAAGAUGGAGGUGGAUACAUGUGUGCAGCUGAAGGAGGGCAAAGCAGAAUGGACGUCCAACAUGUUUACUCUGGAGUUUUACCCAGUUCAUCAGAAUGAUAGCGGAUGUUAUCGCUGUCAAGCAACAGAGGACAAGCUUUCCAUUGUGAGCCAUGGAAUAGAGGUUAUUGUUGAAGAAGAGUCUGCAAACAUUAUCACAGUUUCACCAGAAAAUACCACUAGAAUCUCAGAAGAGUCCCAAGAAUUUGGAAACUACAAGAUAUUGCACAUUAUUUAUGCUUCAGCAUCCGUGGGUCUAUGUUGUCCAUUCAUCAUUGUAUGCGUGUUUUGGUGUCUAAGGAGGUACCAUGCAAAUCGAAAGACAACUCCAGUAACCCAACAGAGACAAAAAAGCCUGGUCAGAAGUCCAGCAGCCACUUCAUCCCACACUGUUGGGACAACUCAAGAUUCAGAAGAAAGCUCCUCACUUUACUAUUGUUCCAUGGCUAGCCCACUGCAGGCCUUGCAUGGCAACACAAUUUAUGCCAAUGAUGUGCCGCCCUGGAAUGCUCAGAGGACAGCACCUAAUGCACCUUGCAAUGAUCCUGUUAUUCCUUCCAACCCAGUUUCACCUGAAAGCUCAGAUGUCCUCACAUACGCUACGCUAAAUCAUUCUGCUUCUGCAGAAAGAUGCCAGAGAAGGGAACUAACUGUAGAAAAUGAAUUUACAGAAUAUGCCUCCAUUAAUGUAAAUAAAUAA